CACGGGGCGGCCCUCACCGGGCGCAGGCGCAGGGAACGGUCUUUGGAACUGCAGACCAGCGCCUGAGAUUGUCAGACAGCGACCACCCCGAGCAUCGUCGUGUUCGCACUUCAUGACUCAGGAAUGCGUCGUUUCUAAUCUUCGUCUGGGCUUGUGCCGCGCCGAGGACCCCUCCUUUUUCCAGUGCCCAAGGGACUGGGAGCAGAGUGGCUUUGGCCGUGGUGCAGGCUGACUCCAGAACCAGAUGAGCAGAGACAUCUGUGUCCACACCUGGCCAUGCUCCUACUAUUUAGAACUUGAGAAGCGAUGGGUUCCUGGAAAACUUCUGUUAACUUCACGCUCAGUAAGAUUUAUGGCUGAUAAAACUGGAGACCUCCUUGUCGACUUUCCCCUUGCUGACAUAAUUGAGAUCAAGAAAGAAGCUUCUCACUUUAUCUUCAGUGCUGUCACCAUACUGGAAAAGGACCGUGUCAAGCACUGGUUCGGCUCCUUGCAGCCUAGUCGGAAUGUUGUUUUCCAUGUCAUCGAGCACUUCUGGAGAGAGGUGCUGCUGUCUCCUCCAGGAGCUGCUGCGGGAGCACCCUCCUCCCCCGUGACCAAGGGGAAGCAGCUGACUGGUCUCAUGGCCUGUUCCCAGAAGCGUCUGGAAGACGCAGCCAGGGUCCUGCACUUCCAGGGUGAGCAGCUGGACAGCAUAGCGAGCGGCCUGGACAGAAUGGCUUCUGACCUGGAUGUGGCCGACAGGUUGCUGACAGAACUGGAAUCUCCUUCUUGGUGGCCCUUUAGCUUCAAGUUUUGGAAGGUGCCAUCAGACACAGAGCUCAAGGAAGGCUCCUCAACGGCUAGUUCCAAAGCUCUUGGAAAAGAAGGGAUAGUGAUCAGAAUUCCUGCUGUUAUUUCCCAAAGAACAGAAUCUCAUGUUAAACCAGGAAGGCUCACCAUCCUUGUUUCCGGGUUAGAAAUCCAUGACUCAGGCUCUUCGCUUAUACACAGAUUUGAGAGAGAAGAUGUAGAUGACGUUAAGGUUCACACACGUUAUGAAGUUAGCAUCCGCCAGAGGUUCAUUGGGAAACCAGACAUCGCCUUCCGUUUGAUAUCUGCCAGGAUGCCGGAGGCGAUCCCCGUUUUGGAAAUGCAGUUCCGCAAGAAGAUCGAGUUUUUAGAAGAUGCCAUGAUGCUCAGAAGCCCUGGAACCUCUUCCCCAGCAGAGAAGGGCCACUCAAUCUGGCAAGCAGCAUCUGGGCUGAUGAACUGUGCCAGGCCGCAGGAGCCCUCCUCGGGGAGCCAGGAAGGCGGGCCGCUGCAGCUGCAGACAAGCGAGCCACUCGUUUCUGAGGAGGACACCCAGGAACUGAGACAGAUCCUGGGGAGGCUGAAGGGUCUUGCCUUGGAGGCCGAGGCGGAGCUGGAGAGACAGGACGAGGUCUUGGACGGCAUCACCGCCGCCGUGGACCGAACGACCCUGACCGUCGACAAGCACACUCGGCGAGCGAGAAAGCUGACCUAGGAGAAUGAGAGCGCGCAGAGGUGAGAGCUGUCGAGGAGAAUCGCUUCUCUCAGUCAUCCCUAACCUCUGUGUGCUGUCUUCAGAUGCAGACCCCAGGAGGACCCCGGGCUGCCGGACCGGCCAGGGUCCCCUGCAGGAUGCUGACAGGCAGCUGCAGGAGGGGAGCUCCGUCUGCGGACACAGCACACGGUGCCCCACCGAGGCCCUCUUGAACUGAUGGGGAGUCGGGAGCACCCACACACUCAAACUCGGCCGAGCCCCAGCGGGGGCGCCCCGCACAGAUGGGCGGCUCUGCGGCCAGGGCUGGGCUGCACCCAGCACCCGGGAGCCUCUUUGCAUGACCGCACCCCCGUCCCCAGCAUCACCGGUAGCUGCACCAUCACCCUUUCUCCGCUGUUUUUGGGCGUAAGAGGAAGUCUGCUCACUUCUAACACUGCACGUCUACGCGCUGCAGCGCACCCUGCCUCCCAGGUCCCGACUCCGCCGUCGCACAGCCUGCGCCUGCCCUUCCUUGCUGGCCCAGUGGCCCCUCGCUUGUCCAUCCCUCUAGUGGACAGGCCAGUCUCUAACGGAAGCUAGGAGUGUAGUAUACAUUGAGGUCAUCAUCGAAACACACGGAAUGCUAUCUCACUGCCCAGUUUUUAGCCAGAUGUGAAAAUGGUGCAUACUGUGCAUGUCCAAAACAGUGUUGAUUUUUCUUUCACUACCCCAUUUCUAUCUGGAAACAAAAGAGAAGUGCUGCUGUGAGAAUGAUUUGUGAAGAUGCCCACUGAUGCGCUUUUUGCUGUUUGGAGUCUGUGAGAGGCCCCUCGUGGGGAGGAGGGGAGCGUGGAGAUGCAGGCACCCCCCGGGCCCCUGUGAGGCAGCGUGCUGUGGGGCUGGACACAGAGGAACUCCUCAGACAUUGGGGAGCGUCAGCAGCGGCUGGGGGGCGCCCACAGGCCUGGCACUGCCUGCUGGGUUCAUGCAGUCACACUGGGUUCACCCAGGAAUUCAGAAAGCACGCACAUGCAUGCUGGGCUUACCCAGAGACUCGCACAUGCGUGUGCGGAAAGUGCAUGCGCGUUGGGUGUGCCCAGGGACCCAGCCCCUCAGCCCAAACCCCUGGGGGCGUAACGCUCUCCGUGUGUCCCCAGUGGGUGUGCAGGCAGGGGUCGCAGGCCGGGCCUCAGGGUCCAGCCCAGGAGGGCCCUGGGCAGGGAAAGGGAGACGAGCCUGCCCACCCAGAGGGUGCUGCCCAGGAGCGCCCUCAGCCUGCAGGGCUGUGCAGCGCCCGCUUGUCCUGAGGAGGAGCACCGCCCAGCACCCACACCUCGCAUGCCACAGGCCUCUGGAACAGGGCCGCACCCUGUCUGUUAGGCGAGCCCAGAGCUCUUGGCCUCGCCCCCUCCUUGUCAGUCACCUGGGGAUGUGUAAACCCUAGACCCUCUCGGCGUGGAGGUGUGUGGCACCCAAGUACUUUCCCCCUAGAGGAUUAUUCUCGUCCCUUUUCUCUCCUACCUGCCAUUAAAUCAGUGGAGACUGGUCUGUCUGUGGAAACAGAGUGAAAGCCCUGGGGACUCAGGGGCCCUGUGUCACCGUGGCCCGCCCUCAGCUGCGCUCUGGGUCAGCGUCGGCACAGGGCGCCGCCCAUGCAGUGCUGGGUUUCUGCCGCCCUGGCGAAGCCCCAGGUGGAGUGCGCCACAGCAGCCGCGUGCACGCGGGCCUGGAGGCUCGGAGUCCAAGGUUGGUGUUGCGGGCUCUGCUUCCUCCCGAGGCGCCUUCUGCCAAACUGAAUUGAUGACUGGAGCCCAAAGCACAGAAACCUGCCUGUUUCCUGUGACACCAAGAAGUCGUUCCCACAGCUCUUCUCCACACACAGGCACUCGCUGGUCCCACAGGCCCCGACCCCGCCUCUCCCCUCUCCCGCCUUCACCUAGGAGCACAAGUUCCAGCUCCCUGACCCGCAAACACCAGGCGAUGGGACUUCACCCCAAACGCUCCCGCUGCCAGACUUCCGUCUCCCUCUCCCCUGGCCUUCAUUUCGGUCCCUGGGGAAGGACAUGAGGGGAGGGGACCUUGUGAUGCUCCUGCUGGACCAGAGGAAGGCGUUCAGCAGGCAGGCCGGGGUCUCUCGCAUCCUGAUGGAUGUGCCCUGGUGGCUCCCCUCAGCUGGGUCACACCAGUCCGGCAAGACCCCCUGGAGCCUGGAGGCGGCCGCAGAGAGCUGUUGGCAGGAGCGCAGGGCGUCUUCGGCCCCGCUGCCCUGGCUGUGCUGGAGCUCGUCUCUGACACUGAUGCUGGCCCGUUGGGGGCGGGGGCUCUCCGUGCCCGCAUUCCUGCCCCAGAGCCUGGCUGCCUUCCCCUGUCGGUAACGGGGAGGGGUGCUGUUAUUUUGUUGUCUCCUUGCAAGUUCUGAAAACAAUGCUGUGAGCUCAGUUAGGCGUUACGUGGAGGUGGACACAGCGCACGCCCUGCCUCCGACGCAGCUGUGGAACCCUCCCUGAGCUGAAGAACAAACGGCACCAGCAUUUCAUCACAAAGGGUCGAGUGUCGGCUGCCCAGGGCAGGGGCCCGCAGGCUUCCUCUGAGGGCACAGCUAGUGACCACUUCACCUUCCGAGCCCGGCGGGGUCUGCCGUGACAUCACAGACCUGCUCUCUGUAGGAAGGCAGCCUGGACUCGAGAGCAGUGGGUAUGCUGUGUUCCAAUAAAACUGUGAAAUAAAUUCCAUGUGUCAUAAA